GUGUGUUUUGUUGUGUUGUUAUGUAUGUCGUGCGGGAGAACGAGUGCAGCCAGUAGCAGCGAUUCGACAGAGUGAGCAAGAGUAGAGGCAGCCGUCGUUUCGUUCGUCGGGGUUUUGUGUAGUGGCAAUUAUCAACCAGGUGACAUUACAAGCUAUUGGUAGUAAAGUUACGGCUACCGUAUCACGGGUCGGUAUCACGGCACUUACGGAGAAUCGCGUUGCACUAACUGCCAUUAGACUGUGUUCGACGUGCGUGAUUUUUGAUUGUGAUUUUCGAGCAGCGCGUACCCACUGGCGGCGCCGGUUGAUUUGAUCUGUCCGAAAACAAUAGUUCAACAAUUACCAGAAGUGCAGUGAUUUGGCAAGGUCAGAGCUCAUUUUUAGUACGUUAUAAAAGAAGCAAAAAGAAACAUGACGGAUUAUGGAAAGUGCUACUUGAAAGAAAAUUUGAUGGAAUGGCCAAAGUCAAAUUGAGUUUUAAAUGAGUGCAUGCUGGAAAUUGAAUGCUGCUAGUGACCGAUAGUUGCAGCAUUUUACAGUGAUUAAAUUCAAUAGAAGCGAAAGCUUUGGUUGACGAAACAAACAACAAACCACCCAAAAAGUAGUCAACCCGUGUUGUGCAGUGUUAUGUGUAAAUGAAUUUGUAGUUCGACAUUGGCAGCGGAAAUAACAAGCACAGAGUGAAUGAUCGAAACAGUGAUAGGCAGCGAACGGCGGUCCAGCAUUCCAAACGGAGAGAAAACCAUGUCACAUUUUCCUUUCCGAGGAUCGCCCACAACCCAGAGUACAACACCAUCUGCACCAUCUUCACCACCUGCAGCACCUAUCGCGAUGGCCGUUACAACGACAGUGCCUCCAGGAGCCCGCAGCACGUCACCAUGCUCUGCCACCUCCGGUCCACCAACGUCCGGCAGUGGACGAUGCUGUGAUACUGGUCGACCAAUCUUCACUGAUCCAAUUUCGGGUCAAACGGUGUGUUCGUGUCAAUACGAUCUGAUUAACUAUCAACGACUAGCCAGUGCUGGUAUCGCUGGCCCCGGUGGUGUUCCUCUAUCCAUGUACAGUGCACCGUACAGUCCGGAAACUAUGGCCGCGUACUUCCCGGCGAUAGGAGCCGAUCAAGCACCGUUCUACGCAAAUCCAGCCGCUGGCGGAAUCGACCUGAAGGAGAACCUCGCAGCUGGCGGAGCACCAUGGCCUUACCCCUCCGUCUACCACCCGUACGAUGCCGCCUUCGGUUACCCCUUCAACUCCUACGGAAUGGAUCUGAAUGGAGCGCGAAGGAAAAACGCCACCCGCGAGACCACAAGCACGCUGAAAGCGUGGCUGAACGAGCACAAAAAGAACCCGUAUCCGACCAAAGGCGAAAAGAUUAUGCUAGCGAUAAUCACGAAAAUGACCCUCACGCAAGUGUCCACGUGGUUCGCGAACGCGAGACGGAGGCUGAAGAAGGAGAACAAGAUGACAUGGGAACCCCGAAAUCGGGUAGAGGACGACGAUGUUAACCUGGACGAUGACGACGACGAUAACAAGAGCUUGAAGGACGAUAAGGAGAUUUUAGAUUCCAAAGACUCCGGUACAGGAUCGAGUGAAGAUGGCGAUAGACCCUCACGGUUAGACAUGCUGGAUCGACCAAGUAACAGCGAUUGGAAUGGAUCUCGGAACGGCAGCGGGCCAAACUCUCCAGACAUCUACGAUAGGCCCAUGCCAGGACAUCCGCUGCUUCACCCCUCCCAUUUUCCGCCACAUUUACGAGCCUCAAUAGGAACUACCCCGGAAAUCAAUCACACACCUAGUGGCAGUACAAAUCCCAGCAAGCCGAGAAUAUGGUCUCUAGCUGACAUGGCCAGCAAGGAGAAUAAAGACUCCGAAUCUUCAUCACCAACGGCAACAGGAUACUCACCGGGUAAGAUAAUUACACCGCUGGCCGGACGAGGUCUAAAUCCGUUACAUCAUCAUCCCUACAUGAGGCCUGAGUUUUACCGCAACCUUUACGGCCCACACCUGACAGCAAGCUCACCGGAAGUAUCGCUGCUGGAAUCCUACCAGCGUACAUUCGGAGCAACGCUAGCCCAUAACGGAAUCCCCGUCGGCAUCAAUCCUCUGAUAUCCAAAGCGUCCGGCAGUGGGCCUCCCUUUGCACCACUGAGUCUCACCACCAGCAGCAAUCCAAACAUGGCACCCCAACCAGGAGCGUCACCUGCCUCGAGUACAUCCUCUGGUCCAGAAAAUCUCACCCCUUCCUCACCUCAUACCGAAAAGCUUAUAUCCGUGACCAAACCAUGACAUCUGGAAAUCAAGUAAGAGAAUUAACCAUAGCCAUAGUUUCUAAAUUCGUAAAAUAAAAAAUAAAAACAAUCAGACAAUAAUGAUGAAUGUGAUUAUGAGUUUUUUUACCAUUCUCAAACCAUCACGAUCGACCAGCAAAUCUUUGCAGCUUUUCUCCUCUUUGCUUCCGUUGCAAAAUGGUGAAUCACUAAACAAUAAGCAAACAUUAGCAGCAAGGAAAGCGCCACUCGAUUUGAAAUAGAAUACUGCUAAAGCGCAAUCAAUAAACAAUCGUUGUUCUUGAAUUUCGGCAAUUUUUAUGUGACACCCCGGGCGUGUUUAUUUCAGUUCUAAACAAACCACUUUUUUCCUGAUACUCCGCUGCUUCGCCGCUGGCUGUCGCGCAAAAUCCAAAAGCCGACGGCAAAAUCGCCCACAGACAAAGCCAAACGAUGGGUUGUGUGCGAGACGCACUACUACCGGCGAGAGGUAAUCAAAGCAAGCGGUUGCCUCUUGUUUUCGAUAAGUUUCAAAAAGUUAAAUAUGUAAUGGUAAAAAGAAAUACUGAAGUGCAACGAAUUAGUCAUAAAAAAUCGGAGGAGAUAAAAGAGGCGUUUAAGAAAACGGAGUUUCGGCUGAGGAAAGGGAGAACAGUGCAAAAUUGUAUCGUCCAAAUUUAAGUUUAUUGUGUCUAUAAAAAGCGCUCGGACGCAGUAAAGUUUGAAUCUUUUCUUUUUCGGUAAAAAAGGAACUUUUUUUGUAUAUUGUAAUAAAAUGUUUGUAUAAAUGCAAAUAAUAAAUGGAAACAUUUAAGCAAAAGUGUUGUAAAUAAAGAACUAUAGAUAAAGGAAAUAGUGUAUGUGAUAUUAAAAUGUAUUAAAUAAUAACUGAUAAGAAGUAAAACGCAACGCGACGAAUCGACGGUUUUUAUUCCUUUUCGAUCGUGUAUCGUUCAUUUAUCGGGCGAAUUUUUUUUUCAAGAAAUCGUUCCUUCUACUCUUAGUCAAUUUACGGUAUCACUUAGUUUCCUCACCUUCUGGUAGUUGGCCGUUGCGUUUAGGUUUUUGUUUUAUUCGGAGAAACUGUGAAAAAUAAGAACAUAUCAUGGGAACUCACUUAAAGCCAUUUCACUAGUUCAAAAAAUAGCGUUUGCCAUCUUCUCGAGGCUUCCACAAUAGAGAAACAAAAGUGCUACCAAAUGCUUCAAAAAGUAGCAAUGUAUGGAAAACCCAAGUAGGAGGAAGAGGCACAGUAAUUUGUAUAAUUUAACAAUCAUUCAAGAUGUAGACUACUGAAGAGACUUGUAGAGGUUUAGCAGGUCUGAAGCAGGAAGGAAGAAAAAAAAAACAAACAUAAGCAAAUUCGAGAACAACAACCUAUGUAAAGCUGUAUAAAAUUAACGUUAGUGAAUUAUUUAACCAUCCUAUUUAUUUUGUAAUAAGAAAUAAGCGUUGAGUGUUCAAGUGCAGGAAAAUUACAACACCCUGUAAAAUGAGGACAUUUAAAUGAAUUUGACUAACUAAAACAAAGUGGAAAUCGUAUAUAUGAAAAUUAAACUUUAUAUAUUAUUGAGGUAAUGAAUUAAAGUAAUUGUACUGUAAAUUAUCAUACUGAACAAGAAGGCAAGAGACAACAACAGAAAACCAAUCGUAAUGUUACUAGUUGCAAUAAAGAGAAUGACGAAUG